CCCAGCCCAUGUGCAGCCCGUGUGACGAUAAAUUAUAAAAUGUGCGGAUCGGCAAAGGAAAAACCCGGCAUCUUCGGGGAACGUUCUGGAGAAGGUUUGGGAGGUAUGCUCAUGGCUGCCGCUGUCGCUGCCCAUUCUUUCUCCCUCUCCCCUGUGCCUCUCAUGCAAGUUAGUUGGACCACCUCAAAAUCCCCACAAAUUCUUACCUCAGCUCUCCCGCUCCAUCACGACGCAAGUAAGAACUAUUUCCCUGUUCUCAGAAUCCUCUGCCCACCUCAGCAUUCUCGGAAAUUGUUGAGAGCUGCGUUUAAAGUUUCAGCGACCGACCCAAAGACUGAAAAUGAGGAGAACCAAGAGAUGGAGAACAAAUCUAAAAGUUUGGCAAAACAAAAUGAUAAUAUGAAAGCCCUUAUUCAGGCUUAUAAGAAAGCUUUUUUGAAUGGUGAUGAAAAGAUCCUCUCUGAAACCGGGUCAUCAAUCUGCAUCCUUGAGAAGGAGACAAAUGAGCUUUCCUUGAAAUCUACAGAAUUAAUUUCAGAAAUCGCUUUGGUGAAGGAUAAGUUUCUUCGUUUAAAUGCUGAUUUUGAAAAUUUUAGAAAGCGCACAGAAAAGGAUCGGCGAAACUUUACAUCUGAUAAUAGAGCAGAAGUUAUUGAGUGUUUAUUGCCUAUUGUUGACAGUUUCGAGAGAGUGAAGCAACAAAGGAAACCAAAAACUGAAAGAGAAAGGAAGAUAGAUGCAAGUUACCAAGGCAUUUACAGGCAAUUUGUUGAGAUUUUGCGAAGCAUUCGUGUUUCUGUAGUGGAGACUGUUGGGAGGCCGUUUGAUCCCUCUCUCCAUGAAGCCAUUUCUAGAGAGAAAUCUCAGCAAUUCAAGUCUGGCAUUGUCAUGCAAGAAGUACGUCGCGGCUUUCUUCUUGGCAAUCGUGUUCUCAGGCAAGCCUCUGUUAAGGUUUCAACUGGCCCAGGACCAGAAAAAUCCUCUUCUGCUGCAACGAAAUCCAUGGAGCAAACAGGCGAUGCUGCAGAAUAUGUUGAAAAUUCGGCAACAGCUUCUGCUGCUAAUAGCUAAUUCCAUACAGGUAUUCAAUCUGCUUCAAAGGGAUUACCUUUUCAUUUAUGUUCAUUUGUCGGUUCAAAAUAUCAUUUAUGCAUCUUUAUACCACACUUCCAUAUAAUCUAAUGAUGAGAAAUAACACUGAAAUCUGUUCCAAGUGUUUGGGGCUACAUGGCGACACUAAGUGUAAGUUUAAAAGCUUAGUGUUAUUUGCUCUGUUUUUUUUU